AAUCGAAGAACUCGCGAAAGCAGCUGUUAAUAUCUAGGUAGACAAAGAACUUGCGGACGAGAAAAAAUAUUUGUAGCAGUCAAUAAAUUUUAUUUUAUUUAUAAUUUUGCAUCACAUUCGAUAAUUGGGAGUACAAGGCGUAUGGAUUUUAUGGAAUAAAUGUUGUAAAAUGCACGGUGAAAGUGAAAAAUGAUCUGAAAAGUUGAGACGCAAUGCAGCAAAUUUUUCUUUUAUUUAUUCGCCGUAAGUCCCUCAUGCCUUAUUGUGAAUGAAUGAAAAAAUUGCCAAGUAUUAACCGAACACGAAACGAACGAACAGCGAAUAUCACGCAGCAAAGAGCAAAGAAUAGAUUAAGUGCAAAAACAGAGCAGCAGCAGAACAAAGAAGAAGAUAACCAAGAGCAAACACUACGUGACCCACUACAUAAGCAGAAGGAGUGUGAACGACAAAGCUGCUGUCCAUUUGCAGAUAUAAGAAUAAAUUUGGUCAUAUAAUCAGCUGGAAUUUGCGAAAAACAUCGAGAACAUCUCCAGGAUAGAGGAAAAAGUAUCCAAAAAUAAUUAGAGCAAAGGUUAAUCAGCGAGCCGACCGCAUCGAUGAUGUCUACUGAACACGAGGUGGUGACAACAGCAGAACAACAACAAACUUUUAAUGAUCAACAACAACAACAGUCUGAAAUCAAUGAUGUUGCUGCCUCUAGCGUCAGCGUUUCCGAGCGCGGUGUCUCAUCGUCUUCCGAAGAUAGUGCGGCAUGUGCACCAUCGGCGCCAUCACCAUCAGCGGCAAAUGGAACUGCUGCGACCGCUGAUUUGAAACGUUACUCCCGACAUGCUUUAAUAUCUCUGCGAAAGGAAGAACAAUCUUUACAGCAUCCUGAGUGUUCACUAAAGGCAGAUUUACAAAUUUUAACCAUUUGGACGUGUCGACUACGCAGCGAAUUACAGUAUUUAGGCUUGUGGAAGGCCCCCAACAAGGGCAACCAAUAUAACAAUUGUACUGGCUGUCCCUGUUGUUGUUCCAACGAUGGCGCCUGCGAUGGAAUUGGUGAUGACUCGGCUUAUGAACUGGGUAACGAUGGUCUUGGUGGUGGCGGCGGUUAUAUUGGCGGUUUACAUCAGCCAUCACACAUGGUGGGACCUUCUUCAUUGCUGGCCAACAAACGACCUGUACGUCCCCGUUUUAUGAAUCCUCAGCGUGGCAUUAACACCUCCAAUUCGGCGAUUGGUGGGGGUGGUGGUCUCAGUGGUUAUAUCGAUCAUCGCAGUAUAUCCUCGUCUCACUUAAUGCCGGCCUUUGUUAAACGCCGUUCGGGCAAUAAUCUUCCCGGUAAGCCUGCAGAAGGCGGGCCACCAAAUCUGCGAAGCGUCAGUGCAAGUAGUGGCAGUGGUGGCUACGCCGGCCCCAACGACAACGACAGCAGUGAUGGUAACGAUGAGCAUAAAACAGUAAACGAUUCUUCCGCCCUGCAUGGCAUAGGUGGUAAUCUCAAGCGUAAGGAGCUGCUGAAGCCCAUGAAUAUAUUCAAAUCGUCUCCCAAUAAUCGACCCAACAAAGAUGAUCCGUAUGGUGAGUCGCAACCUGGCUGGAUACCGCCCAUGUCCAAGUUGAAUUCCGAAUAUUCCCCCUCGGGCAAUAAAUCACUUGCGGGUGGCAACAAACGACCGGUGUAUGAACGCCGCAUCGGAAGUGGGCGUCUCAUGCCGCGGGAGGAUAGCUGGGGCGAAAUGAGAGCUGGUGGUGAAGGUGGAAAACGAGGGGAAAAGGAUAAAUUGAUAACAUCACAAAGUAAAUACAACGACAAUGGUGGCGUGGGUGGUGGUGUGGACAAGAUGAACCUUCGCAAUGCUACUGCGAGUCGUUUUGGCGAUUCACGCAAUACGGAACGACCCCAUUUCGAGCGUCAUGUUCUGGUUGAAGGCUCGGAAAGUGAUAUUAAUAACCGUGACAAAUAUGACAGCAGCGUUGCGGCUGGGCAGCGAACCAUGUCGUUUCGAAGUCGGGGAUUUUUGGGCAAUAGUCGAGACCAUAGGGACUUUAAAGACUUUCGUGAGACAAGGGAUUUGCGUGCUGGUGUGCCUCGUGAACGCAGAGAGUCCAGGGAGUACAACAGAUAUAGCAAAGACGAACCGGAAUGGCUGAGCGAGGGUCCAACCUCUCAACACGAUACAAUUGAAUUGCGUGGUUUUGAGGAAAUGGAUAUGGCGGAGACUGCUGCAGCAGCAAAUGGUGAUAAAGACUCGCAAAUCGGAAACGAAAGAAAAGAUUCGGAAAGUUCCUUGUUCAAUAGUAGCAGUAAUUUGAAUUUGAAUAUAUCAACCAAAGAGAAACCCAAUGGCUCACACGAAACCCUCAACUCCGAUGGUAAUGUUAAAUACGACAUUAGAGACUCGGACAUUGAGGGGCAAGACACUAACUCCAUUGGUAGUAGCAAGGAAUCGGCCAAGGAGGCGCCUUCCCUAGAUACCACUAUGGAGAAGCAGGCCGAACAAGUGGUGGCUGCCUCUGUGGCGGUGGCAGCCGCUGAGGAUGCUGCAGCUGUGGCUGCUGCCUCGGUGUCAGUGACGCCUAACGAUGCUGUAAAUAUAACUGAACAAUUCCUUGAGCGUUUUCUCAAUAUUGACACUCUGGGGAGUUCAUUAAUGGGUGGCCAUCAACAAUCAUUGCCAUAUAAUGUAUCUGGUGGUUCAUCGCGUUUUAGUCGCUGGUUCAGUAACAACGCUGAGAACAAUAACAAUAAUGAUGUGCAAAAUGAUCUGUCCUCCCCCCUAGGGGAGGAGAAAAGGCCACCACCCACUCCUCUAUCCAAUACGGACUUAAACGAGAAUCAAAAUGACGUGAAUUCUUUGAUGGCAUUCUUCAAGAGCAGUAAUGUACACACACCAGAUUUACCUAAAGGGUUCCCCACCGCUCCCACUCUAAGCGUUGGAGAGCUUGAGGCUAGAAUGCGUAAAAUGGAUCCCAAUGGCGAGCCUGGCGCUGAUGUUGCAGCCUUUAUGCUACAAGCUUGUAAUGAUGGACAAAUGCGUAGCUCUGAAAAUACUUCACAUGCAAACGAAAUGUCCGGUCAAGAUAUGGGGGCAUUCCGUAAACUUUUGGAUCAGUUGGGCAAACCCAAAUUAGACAUGUCAAUGAAUCUUAUAUUACCUCCUGGAGGCGAGCAGCAUAUGCAGAUACCAACACCGAUUGGUAUGUUACCGCCCGGUAUGAUUCCACAUGGUUUGCCGCAUCCAACACCGCCACCAAUCAAUAUGUUAGAUCAUGAAGAUAUGCUGAAGCUGAUGCAUCAGCAGCACAUGAUAAGACGCCAUCAAACAAUGCUGAAGAUGAUACCGCCACAGCAUCAUCGAAUGCCGCCACAGCAGCCAUCGCCACAGUAUCCAGUGCCAGGAGCUCCCGGCAAUAAAAAUUUACCGAUGGGUGGCUCCCAUCAUCCACAUCUUAUGUCUCCCAUUAUGGGCAAUCAUCUGCAGGAUCAGCCACAACAACAACAGCAGCAGCAACAGCAACAACAACAACCUAAUGCUAAUGAUAUAAUGCAUGUAAUUCAACAACAACAACAACAGCAGCAGCAACAACAACCCAGACCUGUACAUUCUCCAACACCUUUGGCAUUUACGCCCACUUCCGUUUUACGCAAAAUGACAGCAGAGAAAGAAAACAACACUCAACAAGCGCAGAUGCCCAUGAUAUCGCCACAACAGCAGCAGCAGCAGCAACAACAACAUCAGCAGCAGCAGCAACAACAAUUAUCGGGUCCUCCAAUUCAGACGCCACCUCCAUUGCAACAACACAUGAUAAAACUCUCUCAGCAACAACAACAGCAGCAACAACAACAUCAGCUUCAACAACAUAUUAACCCGCCUAGAAUGAUACUCGGAGCAGGGAAUCUACAACACUUGCAACAGCAACAACAACAGCCCCAACAAAUGCCACCAAAUCCCGAAGGAAGUCCUCAAAUGUUGCCACCACAUUUAAGAAAUCAACCACUGGCUGGUAUAAAAUGGCCACCUGGUUUUAUAGGUGGACCAGCGCAACACCCAUCAAUGGUGAAUUCCAUGAAUAAGCCGAUGGGGCGUCCCAUUCUUAAGGGACCGGUGUCACAAGUUAUGCCACAUCCCCAAAAUUCACUCAAGCAAAUGCCCAAUCAUGUGCUGAACGACACUCAAAAUGCUCAGAAUCAACAAACUGUGGGACAAAUGCAACAAUUUGCCCAACAACAGCAGCAACCACCACAGAUGAUGGGUGGCCAUCCCUUCCCUGCGCACUUUUUGCAAAAUCAAUCACCACAAAAUCAGAAUCACCAACACCAUUUGUUCCAGCAGCAGCAGCAGCAACAACAACAACAACAACGCUCAAUGGAACUGCAACGCCAACAGAUGUUCCAACAACAUCCCUUCUUGGAUAUGGCAGUUGCAGCUGCUGCUGCUGGAGCACCACCUCCACCACUGUCCCAUCAUCAACAGCCAUCGGCCAAUAAUGAAAAUAAUUCUGCCACGAAUUUAAAUUACCAAGCGGACGGCCGCUUAUCACCUACCAGCAAUGUGUUGGCUCAAUGGUUUUCACCUGAGGUUCUAGCCAAGGCUUCUGCAGGAAAGCUGCCAUUAUUAAACAUGAACCAGGCCUUGAGCUUGGAAGCAUUGGAGAAGAGCAUACAACAUUCCUCAACGCCUGUACACAAUUAAACAAACCAACAAACACGUUAAACAACAUGAAAACAACAAUGAAUGAAACACAAAGAAACAGAUAACGAUGAACGAUGAAAGAAAGAAAGAAAGAAAGAAAGAAAGAUGAAAACAAAUGCUUAUAACAUUAAAUUAUAAUAAAAUUGAAAACAACAACAACAAACACACACAUAUUAAAA